UCGCCCAUUCCGGUCUCCAAAAGGAGAAGCUUUCGGAUACAUUCUUUAGACCUGAUUGCGACGUUCCACGAGAGCAGCGCUGGCUGGUGCUGAACACAUUACAAAUCUAGCAAAGCAUCAAAGCCGCAUACCUCAACCUAGUUUACCUGUCAUUUUUUUGUUUUGUUUAAUUUAAUAAGAGAACCAUAACUUAUUAUUUUAUAAAGAUUUUUAGAAACCGUUUGUUUAUGUAUAUAGGUUUUUCUACUCCGUUUUUGAAUUGUUAAGCUUUUUUUUUUUUUUUUUUGGUCCUUCUGAAGACGUAAUUUAAAAAUCACGAUCUCAUCAAAGAUCUCGUGGUCCUUAGAAGAUUGAAAGAAACUCCAGAACGUCCAGAUUGUAAGCUUCAUUGAUUAAGACAAGGCAAGUCCAGCAGCCAAGGACAAAAGAUCAAGAGGAGCCUGGGCUGCUGUCACUAACCCAAAUAAAUAAUUUGCCUGCUGAAUCUGGUACCUAAGAAGACAUCCUGGAUCCCAUCAUGACCAAAGCUGAAAUGAGCAAGCUCAAUACUUCUCCUGAUGAAGACAGCAGCUGCUAUAGCGAAGACUUUAAGUACCCUUACCCAAAUCCCAACAGCAAUGACUCUGACUUGCCCUAUCCACCCUACUCGGCCUCCUCAUCCUCCAGCAGCAAUGGCUUCAACUACCCCUACCCAAUGAAACCAGCUGCUAUGAAGAGCCAUUAUGGAGACAUGGACCCAGAAAACCAAAACUUUUUACUUGAAUCCAAUCCUGGAAAGAAGAAAUAUGAAACUGAAUAUCAUCCAGGCACUACUUCCUUUGGAAUGUCGGUAUUUAAUCUGAGCAAUGCUAUUGUGGGCAGUGGCAUCCUUGGACUUGCUUACGCCAUGGCAAACACUGGAAUUGCUCUCUUUGUAAUUCUUCUACUUGUUGUGUCGAUUUUCUCUUUAUAUUCUGUUCAUCUCCUCUUGAAGACUGCCAAUGAAGGAGGAUCUCUGUUAUAUGAACAACUGGGAAUGAAGGCAUUUGGUAUGACUGGAAAACUUGCAGCAUCUGGAUCAAUUACAAUGCAGAACAUUGGAGCUAUGUCAAGCUACCUCUACAUAGUGAAAUAUGAGUUACCAUUGGUCAUCAAGGCUUUUAUGAACAUCGAAGAGAACACAGGAGAAUGGUACCUCAAUGGCAAUUAUUUGGUUAUACUGGUAUCCUUGACCAUCAUUCUUCCUUUGUCACUAUUGAAAAAUUUAGGUUAUCUAGGUUACACCAGUGGAUUUUCCUUGCUGUGCAUGGUCUUCUUUCUUAUUGUUGUCAUUUGCAAGAAAUUUCAGAUUCCUUGUGGACUGGAUCAUGAUAUGGUUAAUGGAACUCUGAACACUACUCUCGACCACCUGACAACUGCUGCACUUUUUCAUGGAACAGAACUCAAUACAACAAGUGAUGACAUGUGCACACCAAAGUAUUUCAUCUUCAAUUCACAGACAGUCUAUGCUGUACCAAUCCUAACAUUUUCAUUUGUCUGCCAUCCUGCUAUUCUCCCUAUUUAUGAAGAAUUGAAAGGCCGAAGUCGCAGAAGAAUGAUGAAAGUGUCUAAUGUUUCAUUUUUCGCCAUGUUUCUCAUGUACCUUCUGGCUGCUCUCUUUGGCUACCUGACAUUUUAUGGAAAUGUUGAACCAGAGUUACUUCAUACAUAUUCUGCUGUUCUGGGAUCUGGUGUUCUUUUGCUCAUUGUGCGUCUGGCUGUCCUGAUGGCAGUAACUCUUACUGUGCCAGUAGUGAUUUUUCCAAUUCGCAGUUCCAUCACACAGUUGUUUUUUGUAAAGAAAGAAUUCAGUUGGCUACGUCACUUUGCUAUUACAGUAUCUCUUUUGGUAUUCACCAACGUGCUUGUAAUCUUUGUUCCCACCAUUCGAGAUAUAUUUGGAUUCAUUGGUGCUUCUGCUGCCGCCAUGCUGAUCUUUAUACUGCCAUCUGCUUUCUACAUUAAACUGGUGAAAAAAGAAUCAAUGAAAUCAGUACAGAAGAUUGGGGCUGUUCUUUUCCUGAUCAGUGGCAUACUUGUGAUGACUGGAAGCAUGACCUUGAUCAUUCUGGAUUGGAUCCACAAUGCUGCUUCUGAUGGCCAUUAACUAUCCACUUUGAACAGCAAUGUUCAUUCAACAGUCUACUGAGAGAAAGAACUUCUUACCCAUGUUUGCAAUUUGGCUUCCUUUGAAAUGCAGAUUCUUUGAUGCUGGUACUUCUGACUUUAGAAUAGUGAACUUUGAGGGAAAAAGAAACUAUUCUGUACAAUGGGAAUGGAUACUAACAUCAAACCACCUGAAUCUUUGGCUGAGGGAAGUGACUAUUUAUUCCAUUCCAGAGAAUGGACAGCUAUCUCUGUAAAAUUUUAUCAAGCCAUGUUUGGCUUUUGUCAUUGUUUUUUGGAUAUUUUAUUAUUUACUUGAAUGUGCCUAAUGGAAACAAGUGAUGUGAGAAAUAUGUUAGUUUACAGCAGGGGCAGGGAGGUAAGCUAACCAAUGAAAGUGAAAGAGAAAAACACGAUUAUUUUUGUACCAAAAAUUUUAUGGACCUCAAAAGCACUAUUUUGACUUUAAGAAAAUAUUUUGUAAGUUAAUGAUCCAAAUAAGAGUAGAAAAAAACUUGUAAACUGUUUAAUCAGUGUUCUAAAUCCAACAUGCUUUGCCUUUCUACAGGGGCAUAAUUUAAAUGUAUAUUUUUGGCCAUAAGAAAUUAUUUUUGAAAUUUAUUAUGCUAAACAUCAACUAAUUUGAAUGAUUCAAAAUGAUAACUGAGUUCUGUACGUAACUUAGUCCUCUUCUGAAUCUAAAACCAAACACUUAUUUGUUAAGACCCCAUGGCUAAAUAUCUGAUCUAACCAACAUAAACCACUACAUUCUCUUUCAAGUAGUUAUUUACUCAAAUUGUCAUGUUUUUAAAAGAUUAGAAUGGAUGAUGUAUUAAACAGUUUGUACGUAGCAAAUAUAGCAUCCAGUACAAUGAGUGCUACGCCCAAGCAAGUCCUUUGAAAUUAAUGAGGUCUGGAGAGGUGCAGUAUUUGAUCAAUUCACUAUAAUGCAAUCUUAUCUGUUUUGUUCUUGAGGUGCUCAAUCGUGUGAUAAGAUAAAACAGAAAAGUUGUUUUCAUUCAGUUGCAAUUAUCUACCAAAUCACAUUGGACUAUUUGCCAUUAGUGGGAAGUUCCCCUUACUGAAAACACACGAUCUACUGAUCAUUAAUGUUACAUAUUAUAGCUUUAUUUUAUUUGACUUUUUCAAAACAAGUAAAAGUGAGGUCCUACUAUAGUUUACUAGCAGUACAAUAUUCAGACUGUACAAUAUUUUUUUAACUUCCAAGUUUUCAUCCAUUAUUGGAUUUUAAAUUAUUUUAUUUUUCGUUACUGUUUGAACAUGUGAUAUUUCUACUCAAUACUACGCCAGGAUUUGGUGUAUGAAGCAAAAUUCUCUUCGUGAAGUUUCUGGGAUCCCUAAUGUAACUCGUAUUGUACAACAACCUUCUUAAAAUGGGCUACAUUGUCAUCUCUUGUGUAUUUGUUUCUGAAAUACAUGUACGCUGAUUGAGCCUUAACUUGUUGCUAAAGCAAAAGGAGGUAUGUAGUUAUUAUUAAGGGCAUCACAGAGCCCUAUUACGCCUUCCCCUCCUUUCUUCCUCAACACACUGGGCAAUUACAGAGAAUGGGAGAUCUGUUCUCCCAACUGCUCAGCCAAGGAGACAUUGCUGGAUGAGUAUAUAGGAGGAUGUACAGGCAUUCCAUUCCCCAGAUUGCCCUGCAAAGGCACCCAAGGGCAUCAUAUACCUGUGCCAAGUGUGUGUGUGGGUGAGUGAGUAAGGGAGAUCUGGGAUCCCUCUGUGCAUGAGCGCUAUACCAGUACAGGGAAAGAUGAUGCCCUGUUUUGUUACUACUUGCAUGUUCACUGAAUCAUUUCAGUUCCAGGCUGAAGAGAUAUGGUACAUUCAGUGUUGCUUUGUAUACACAUAUGCCACUGAGAAGAUCAUUGUGUAAGGAUAUAGACUAGAGUGUAGUACUCCAUGGACUGCUUUCAACUAUGUUCAUCUGGCAUAAUAAUUUACAAUUCUGAUUUACUUAAUUUCAAGUAGUAAUUGGAUUGAAAGGAUCACAAGAUAACAUGUGAUUAGCUACUAACAACACAGGGCUAUUUUAAAAACUCUAGGCCCACUAUUAAUAUUUGGCAGAUGUCAACCAUUGUCUAGGUUUUUAAUCAGAUAAUGCAAAUGUUUAUAUUUCUGCAUGGCAACUGCUAGCCCCUAAGGCUGCAAUCAUUAUUCCAUUUAGGUCAGUAUCAAAAUAAACCUGCCUUACUGAAAAGUGACUAAUUCUUUCCUUACCUGUUGUGAGUGGCUUGACUUUUGAAUCUAAAUCAUUACCCUGGUAGGGCAAAAUGAACUGUACUUGAACAGUCCUGAUCUUCUCUUUUGUGCUCCUGUAACCACACCUAUACUUACAAGAACUUAAACUUAGUUUUGCUCUGAAUUUCUAAAAAAAAAGAACAUCUUAAGAGUUUGAAAGAUUGCAAUUUUCUAAGCAGUUGGUUAAUGUAAGAUACCAUGUUUUAUUUGUUGUGUCUCAGAACUGUCAUUGACUUCAGUGGAUUAGGGUUAUUCUAUACAUUUGCAGCAGAUAUGUAUAAUAUAAUUUUCCUGAAUAUUGGACUAAUCUAGUGGUACUCAGCUUAACAGCUUGAAUAUUACUUUCAGUUUAUGGAAUAAUCUUUAUUAAUAUGGCAGCUCUUCCUUUUUACUCAUUAAUGUGGCUUGCUACCAAAAAAGAUUAGAGUUGUCCAGUACCUGCACACAAUCAAUUUGGGGUAGGGAACAAGUGGAUCUGUUUUCCGACAUUGGAAAGGGUAUGUAGCCUAAGAAGAAAUCUGAAUUUGCUCUUCUUAGCAACAGGGUGGGGGAAAAUUAUAACAGAUACUGCUUUGUGUCAUUGUUGAAGUCAUUGCUGAAGCUGUGAUCUCUGGAUAGGACACAGAAUCACUCAGCUUUUUACCAUUCAGUAACUAUAUAGUUCUCCAGCUGCUUUUGUUUUGAGUACCACUAGGCUAGACUGAUCUCUGAUGUCUGACUCGCAGACCUGUCUCUUUGGAGGCUUCUGUGCAUCACCUGAGCUAACAGUUUCAGUAUUAAUUAAACCACUGCUUGUUGCCUAGUUUUAAAAUUACUGUCUUCCAUUUUAUUUCAUUAAAAAUGUUAUUUAUAGAACAGUAACCUGUUGAAGUUAAAACCUAUUUUUCAGUAUUUAUGGGUAGCCUCUAUGUACAGAAUAGUACAAAAGUGUGUGUGUAUAUAUUGUAAAUAUAUUGUAUAUAAUGUAGGUUUGGAAUUUUGUGUUUAUGUAUAUAGUCUUCAUUUAAUGGCUAAUGUGUUAUUUCAUCCAUGAUCAUUCAUGUUGUACAUCCAGGGAAGAGCUGUUAGAUGAAAGUUUCCAGAGAAAUAAUAUAACUGUACAAAUUGAAAUUCUAUGUAUUCAAAUUAGAUAAGGACACAUUACUAAUGAUAAAGAACUAUGUAUGAGAUCCAAAGAGGUACUCUAGAUGUGUCCAAGGCCUUGUGCUAGUCCAGUUUGGUGUUUUUUUAAAACAUUUUUUUAUUUUAAUCAUACUCCACACUAUAUCACAAACUGCUAUGAAGCUUCCCCUCAGGUUCAAAAGCAGUUUGCUAUGUUUAUAGGAGUAUGUUUCUGUUUGAACUGAAACAUUACUAAAGCUUUUGGGGGUUCACAAAACUAGUUUAAUAGUUCUUUGGAAUAUGGCCCAUGACCCCAGAGACUAUAAUUGGUGCCGAGAUCCAUACAUGCAAGGGCUUUGAUAUGUGAACACAGCUUGGCCCUUCAUAAGAGAAAAUGGGGAGUCUCUUCGUGCAUGGAGUUUUUAACUGCCCCUUAUUUGUUGCAAGUGUAUUCUGCAAUAAACAUGAUGAUCUUUUGGGUCCACAAAAUUUAGAUUUUCAGAGUACAAUUUGCCAUCAGUGUUUUAAGUGACUGAUUUUAAAAGCAGCAUACCAAGCCUUCAUGUAUGAUACUAUUUGUAUAUACUAGAUAGAUACACACGGUAUUGUUAGAUCAACAAUUUAAGUACAAUUGUUGGAAAAGUGCUACACAGUUUCAAUGAAACAUUGUAUGUUUUAACUAAAAUAAAAUAAAGAUAUACUCUUA